AUGGCAGCCAUCAUGGCGGACACUUGCCUGCGUUUAGACGACGAAUCUGUCUUCGACUCUCAUACACAAGGAUUCAUCUCCAUUCUUAGCAAAGCCAUAGUUAUGUGGAAAGCAGGCCGUUCCGAACAUCCGGCAGGGCCUCUCCCGUGGCCACGCAUCUACAUGUCAAGGUCCAUCGUCGACAUUGGGUGGAUAGCUCCACUCUACUACACUGCUCUUAAGUGCCGUGUCCACCGCAUCAGGCUCCAAGCCAUCAGACUAAUAGAAACAACUUCAUACCGAGAAGGUAUGUGGGAUUCGAAAAUAGCUUCAUGCGUCGCGCGCAGGGUCAUGGAGAUCGAAGAAGGUGGCUUUUACAACGAUUUGGGCCCUGGUGAUGACUUCUCUCUUUCCAGCUCUCCUGAGAUUGACGACCUCUCUUUGCCAACGUCUCCGCAGCUUGACAGGAUAUGUGAAGUCCGUAUUGCCUUGUCUGAUGGCCCAACCGAUCCUAUACUCAUACAUUACAGACAAGCUCAGACGGCUUGGGAAGAUUCAUUGAUAUUCACAAGCGGCAAAGAUAAUGCAUAG